AAUAAAAAAUAAAUAAAUAAAUAAAUGAAAGGCAGCCAAUAAACCGUUGAGCUAUCUCAGCCAUGAACACCAGCAGAGCUCUGCUGAUUUCCUUGUACUCUGCUCCAAAAACCCACCCCCAAAUUUCCCCCAGAGCCACCUUUCUCCCCAACUCCGGCCUCUUAUUACAGUUAUGCCCUUGCCAGAGGGCCCACUUCCGCCCCAUUUAUGUCGGAAACGGCCUGAGUUGGAGGGUAAAGAGCGGCAGAGUCCGCGCCGAUGUGAAGUCGGAGCCGUGCGACAUUGCCGAAUCGCCGCCGGAUUCCGUUCAGUUCGGCAAAGUUUUCGCCACGAGUAUUGUCGACGACGACGACGAUGAUGGUGACGUCACCUCCGCGGCGGUUCCGUGGUGGGAACAGUUUCCGAGGCGUUGGGUGAUUGUGAUUCUCUGCUUCUCGGCUUUCCUACUCUGCAAUAUGGAUAGAGUAAAUAUGAGCAUCGCAAUUCUUCCAAUGGCGUCAGAAUCUCAUUGGAGUAUGACAACUGUUGGUUUGAUUCAAUCCUCUUUUUUCUGGGGUUACCUUCUUACUCAGAUUGCAGGUGGUAUAUGGGCAGACACUGUUGGAGGCAAGUUUGUUCUGGGGUUUGGUGUGGUGUGGUGGUCUAUAGCAACAAUACUCACACCCAUCGCCGCGAAACUCGGUUUGCCCUACUUGCUCGUCGUUCGUGCUUUCAUGGGCGUCGGUGAGGGUGUUGCAAUGCCUGCGAUGAAUAAUAUACUGUCGAAAUGGGUACCUGUAUCGGAGAGAAGUAGGUCUUUGGCACUGGUUUACAGUGGUAUGUAUCUUGGCUCUGUAACCGGUCUUGCAUUUUCACCUAUGUUGAUCCACAAAUUUGGUUGGCCGUCUGUUUUUUACUCGUUCGGCUCUCUCGGCACUGUUUGGUUGGCUCUGUGGCUUAACAUGGCACAUAGUUCGCCUCUUGAGGACCCUAAACUGCUGCCUGAAGAAAAGAAGCUGAUUCUUCGAAACUCUUCUUCGAAGGAGCCUGUCAAGUCUAUACCGUGGAGAUUGAUAUUAUCGAAGCCACCUGUGUGGGCCCUUAUUGUGUCGCAUUUCUGUCAUAACUGGGGCACGUUUAUCCUUCUUACUUGGAUGCCGACUUAUUAUCACCAGGUGUUGAAGUUGAAUCUUACUGAGUCGGGACUGUUUUCGGUGUUUCCGUGGCUUACUAUGGCCUUUGCUGCCAAUUUGGGUGGUUGGAUUGCAGAUACUCUUGUCAGCCGAGGUGUAUCUGUCACCAUUGUUAGAAAGAUCAUGCAGACGAUUGGAUUUCUAGGCCCUGCUUUCUUCUUAACUCAGUUGACACAUAUUGAAACCCCUACAAUGGCCGUUUUGUGUAUGGCGUGCAGUCAGGGAUUGGAUGCUUUCUCACAAUCAGGGUUGUAUUCAAACCAUCAAGAUAUUGCUCCUCGAUAUUCAGGUGUGUUGCUUGGUCUUUCUAAUACUGCUGGAGUUCUGGCUGGUGUUUUUGGUACUGCUGCCACUGGUUAUAUCUUGCAACAUGGGUCGUGGGACGAUGUUUUCCAGGUCUCGGUGGGUCUCUACUUAGUUGGAACUGUGGUCUGGAAUCUUUUCUCCACUGGAGAAAAAAUCGUGGAUUGAGAGCCGAGAAUUAGUAUAUAUAUAUGAUGGUUAUUUACUUCGUAUAUAGGGGUAACAUGUGAAACAAGAGCCACGAAGCAUAGAGCUUUUUUCACAUCAAAAUCGAAAAAAGCAAAUGGGGGAAAGUAGUAGUUGCUCUAAGAGUUGAAUUUUGAAGAGCUCUUUUGUUCUUCUCUAUUAGCUGAUUUUGGUAGAGCGUAGAUUCGAAGGCUCGUUUUUCGGCCUUCCAAGUUAAAACCUCCAUAAGAAUCGUGCACCCGACUCUCAUUGGAAUGAGCGUAUAUAUGGAGGUAUACAGCUUUAUUGUAUAUAAUUUACACACACUGAAAGUUGCUUGAUUUUUAGUAGUAUUCAUUAUUAUCAAGGGUAUAGCACCCAUGUAAGUAUACAGUUAUGAAAGCUUGGAAGCUGCUUAAUACAUUGUUGCAUUUGUCUGAA